AUGAUUCCAACUGCCACAAUAGAAAUGGUUUCAGGAGUGAGUUCACAACACAACGAGCAGGUUUGCAGUGUGUGGGGAAACUAUCAUUACAAGACCUUCGACGGGAACUACUUCCAGCUUCCAGCUUCCUGCAACUACAUCCUGACGUCACACUGUUCGGCCAGCUAUGAAGACUUUAACAUCCAGCUGAGACAUCAGGUGGUGAACAAUGAAGCCACAAUCAGCAAAAUCACCAUGAAGCUGCAGGGGACAGUCAUAGAGCUGACCAAAGGCUCUCUCAGUGUUAACGGGCAAAUAGUCACACUUCCAUUUAGCAGCUCUGGCGUUUUCAUCGAGAAGAUGACGUCUUAUAUUUCAGUCAAGGCUGUUUUGGGGCUAGUAGCAAUGUGGAAUGAAGAUGAUUCGUUCAUGGUCAAGUUAGAUGACAAAUACAAAAACCAAACGUGUGGACUUUGUGGAGACUUCAACGGAAUCGAGGUUUACAAUGAAUUCAUCAGUGACGGAAAUACGCAGUCCGUGUCUGAUUAUGGGAACCUCUGGAAGAUGGACGGCCCAACAGAAGUCUGUAAGGAAGACACAUUACCUCUUGAAGAAAACUGUGGAGACGAGAAUUUCUGCCGUGAUAUCUUCUCCAGUUCAGUGUUCAGUGAUUGCAGAGGUCGGGUUUCCAUUGAUUCAUUUGUCCAAGUUUGCAUGAAAGACCUGUGCCAUUGCAACGGCACCUCUGGAUCUUUCUGUCUAUGCAAAUCCAUCGGCGAAUAUUCAAGGCAGUGUGUGCAUGCAGGUGGAAAGCCUGAAGAAUGGAGAUCAGAAUAUUUUUGCCCACAUCCGUGCCCAGAAAGCAUGAUCCACCAAGAGUGUGGAAAUCCCUGCACUGACACCUGCACAAACCCUGAAAUAGGACAAGUGUGUGAGCACCACUGCAUUGAUGGAUGCUUCUGCCCUCCUGGCACUGUUUUUGAUGAUAUACACAAUACUGGCUGUAUCCCACACAGUGAAUGCUCCUGCGUCCUUGGAGGUAAAAUAUUCGCCUCUGGGGAGAAUUACACAAGCAGCUGCAGAGACUGCACCUGUGAACAGGGACAGUGGAACUGUAUCCAGAAGGACUGCCCACAUUCAUGCUCAGUAGAGGGUGGAUCCCAUAUUACCUCUUAUGAUGGAAAAGCCUACACCUUUCAUGGAGACUGCACUUAUGUCCUGUCCAAACAAUGCACAGGCACGGAAUUCACAGUUCAAGGAGACCUGGUGAAAUGUGGUGUGACUGAAACUGAAACCUGCUUGAAGUCAGUAACGCUGGCAUUGUUAGACGGAACUAAUGUGAUCAAAGUGGAUUCCGGUGGAAAUAUUGAGGUCAACAGAAUAAUUGCCCAGAUGCCACUUUUUACAGCUGAUGUGAGCAUUUUCAAGCCCUCCUCAUUCUACAUUGUCAUUCAGGCCCAUUUGACUGGGCUUCGUCUAGAGAUCCAGCUUGUACCGCUAAUGCAACUUUACAUCACAGUCAAUUCAGUGUACCAAGGAGAAACAUGCGGUCUUUGUGGCAAUUUCAACAACAUUGAGGCUGAUGACUUCACAACCAUUGGUGGACUCAGGGAAGCAACCGCUUUAGAUUUUGCAAACACCUGGAAAACAAGAGCAAGUUGCCCUGAUGUCAAAAGAAACUUUGAGAAUCCUUGCAGUCUUAGCACUGAAAAUGAGAAAUAUGCACAGCACUGGUGUUCCCUGCUAUCAGAUCCCUCAUCAGUGUUUGCCCCCUGCCACUCUGAAAUCAGCCCUGAAGUCUACAAAGCAAAUUGCAUAUAUGACAGCUGCAACUGUGAGAAAAGUGAGGACUGCAUGUGUGCUGCUUUGUCUUCAUACGUUCACGCAUGUGCUGCAAGAGGGAUUGCUCUUGAUGGCUGGAGAGAAGUUGCCUGCAAAACGUACACGCUAACCUGCCCCAGCACCACGGUCUACUCUUAUCAAAUGACCAGCUGUGACCGCACUUGCCGAUCCCUCAGCCAAUCAGACAACACCUGCGCUAUUGACUUGGUGCCAGUAGAUGGCUGUGGCUGUGCACAAGGAACGUACAUGAACGAGAAUGGUGACUGUGUUGCACCUGCCAGCUGCUCAUGUUAUGAUUCAGGCAAAAUUAUUCCUGCUGGAGAUAUAAUCCCUAAAGAUGAGUGCCAAGAUCCAAUGACGUUUUUCAACUGCUCCAGCGCUAGCCCUGGAUCCACGGGAUCGGAGUGUCAGAAGAGCUGCAACACAUUAGACAUGGCCUGCAUCAGCACAGAGUGUGUGUCUGGCUGUGUGUGCCCCUCUGGACUGGUGUCUGAUGGGAAAGGUGGCUGUAUCGCUGAAAACCUGUGCCCUUGCUUCCAUAACGGAGUUGCCUACCAACCUGGAGAAAGCAUUAAGACUGACUGUAAUACAUGCACUUGUAAGGAUAGACGAUGGAUCUGCACCACAAACCAGUGCAGUGGGACAUGCAGCAUCUAUGGAGACGGCCAUUAUAAAACGUUUGAUGAGAAAAUAUACGUCUUCAGUGGAAACUGUGAAUACAGCCUUGUUCAGGACUUUUGUAACAACACGACCGGCACUUUUAGAGUCAUUACUGAAAACAUUCCCUGUGGAUCCACCGGCACCACUUGUUCCAAGGCUAUCAAGCUGUUUCUUGGCAGCAUUGAGCUUAGAUUGAUAGAUGGAUCCUACCAAGUUGUUCAUAGAGAUGCAGGAGAGGAGAUUCCCUACCAGAUGCGCACCAUGGGGCUUUACUUGGUGAUUGAGGCCAAUAAUGGUCUGAUGCUCAUAUGGGACAGAAAAACAACUAUACACAUCAAACUGAGUCCAGAGUUUAAUGGCCGCGUGUGUGGUCUGUGCGGAAACUAUGAUGGAAACGCAAACAAUGACUUCACUACGCGCAGUCAAGCAAUUGCUGUCGAAACCCUGGAUUUUGUAAACAGCUGGAAGCUCUCUAAUUGUCCAGAUGCAACCCUCAUCCAAGAUCCUUGUGUCCAUAAUCCAUAUAGAGAGGCGUGGGCACAGAGGCAGUGCAGCAUCAUUACUAGCAGUGUCUUCUCAACCUGUCAUUCACAGGUGGACCCCUCUCCUUUUUAUGACGCUUGUGUGAGAGAUGCAUGUGCCUGUGAUAGUGGUGGAGAUUAUGAGUGUUUUUGCACAGCUGUAACAGCCUAUGCACAAGCCUGUAAUGAGGCUGGAGCCUGCGUUGCUUGGAGAACACCUAAAAUAUGCCCAAUGUUUUGUGAUUAUUACAACCCCCCUGGUGAAUGUGAGUGGCAUUACAAACCUUGUGGAGCACCUUGUAUGCAGACAUGCAGAAACCCCUCUGGAAACUGCUCUAGUCAGAUACCAGCACUUGAAGGAUGCUAUCCUAAAUGUCCUCCCGAGCAGCCUAUUUUUGAUGAGGAUAACAUGAAGUGUGUGACGCAGGAAGAUUGUGGCUGUUUUGUUGAUAUGUUACAUUAUCAGGUUGGCCAGCAGGUGCCAACCACAGAGAACUGUCAGUCAUGCUCAGACACCUUUGUCCACCACCACCAGGCCACCAAAAGUGGAGACGACUGGCCUAACAAGCCAACCAACGACUACAGGAACAACCACUUUAGAAGUGGAAACUUCUUUCGAAACAACUAA